AUGAGGCUGCUGGGAGGAAUUGGGCCUCGAAUAGGUCAACUAGUUCUGCUGCUCACAGUAACCGCCUGCAAUGGACAGGUAUUUUACUACCAACCGGAACAGGUACACCUUUCUUUCGGCGAAACGCCGCUUGAAAUCGUCGUCACCUGGAGCACAAUGACGGCCACGAACGAAUCCGUCGUGGAGUACGGUAUUGGUGGUUUGAUUUUGAGUGCUACCGGAACGGAGGAGAAAUUUGUCGAUGGUGGCGCUGGCCAACACACGCAGUUCAUUCAUCGCGUGGUAUUGCGUGACCUGCAGCCUUCAUCCCGGUACGAGUACCACUGUGGCAGUCAGUGGGGUUGGUCACCGGAGUUUUACUUCCACACAACCCCUGAAGGUUCGGAUUGGUCACCGUCGUUCGCCAUAUUCGGUGACAUGGGCAACGAGAAUGCACAGUCGAUGGCCCGGCUGCAGGAGGACACCCAGCGCCACAUGUACGAUGCGAUACUGCACGUCGGUGAUUUUGCGUACGACAUGAACUCGAACGAUGCACUCGUCGGGGAUCAGUUUAUGAAUCAGAUCCAAUCAAUUGCCGCUUAUACGCCGUACAUGGUGUGUGCGGGUAAUCAUGAGGAGAAGUACAAUUUCUCCAAUUACCGUGCCCGGUUUAGCAUGCCCAGUGGAACGGAAAACCUGAUGUACAGCUUCAACCUUGGUCCGGUUCAUUUUAUCGGAUUCUCCACCGAGGUGUACUACUUUAUGAACUAUGGCAUCAAAACGCUGGUGAACCAGUACGAGUGGUUGCGUCGCGAUCUGGAAGAAGCGAACCGGCCGGAGAACCGCAAACAACGCCCCUGGAUCAUCACGUAUGGUCACCGACCGAUGUACUGUAGCAACGAUAACGAUAACGAUUGCACGCAUAGCGAAACACUUGUGCGUGUCGGGCUACCGUUCAUGCACUGGUUCGGGCUGGAAGAUCUCUUUUACGAGCAAGGCGUUGAUGUGGAAAUUUGGGCCCACGAACAUUCGUACGAGCGACUGUUUCCGAUCUACGACUACAAGGUAUACAACGGUUCGUACGAGGAACCGUACCGCAAUCCCCGAGCUCCCGUUCAUCUGGUGACUGGUUCGGCCGGUUGCAAGGAAGGUCGGGAACCGUUCAUUCGCAAGAUCCCAGCAUGGAGCGCCAUACACAGCCGUGACUACGGGUAUACACGCAUGAAGGCCAUCAACGGUUCACAUCUGUACUUUGAGCAAAUUUCCGUCGACAAAGAAGGCGCUGUCAUCGAUUCCUUUACCAUCAUCAAGGAUGAACAUUUACCCUACAAACAGUUGCUGGAGCGUGACGAACAGGAACGCUUAAAACUCAGUGGCGAUAGCACAAAGUAG